CUAUAUGAGCAAUUUUCUCCGCACUUUAUUCGAUAGUCAACAAUAAGAUAAACGGAAUGAAAAAACAGUCGGAUAAAUGCGCGAUGCUGUAAGCCGACGGCGUUUGUACUUCGGAGAAGUGGUAGUGAGGAUGGAACCGGAGAUGCUUAGAGAGCGGAGUUUUGAUCUCGGAAAUGGAGUCAGUAGGUUGAUACUUUCUGUGCAAAACGUCAUUUUAUUUGUGCAACCGGCCGCGAACGUUCGGAUAGUGUUUUGUUCAGUUUCGUAACUGCUGUUUAUCUUUUUCGAAAAAUUUUAUCGUAAACUAUGACCGUGUUGUUUUAGUUUUAGUUUUUAUCCUUCCUAUAUGUUUUUCUCUUGACGUGAACAAAAUCGCUACCAUGUCAAGAAAAUUGUUCAUUUUAGCGAUCUUUGGAUUUAUUUAUUUUUUCGUUUUGCAAGAAACGUACGCAGCGCGUGAUUUAUCAUGCCCAAGAAUCUGCCCCCAAGGAAGUUCCGAAGAACCGGUUUGCGGAUCUGACGGAGUGAUAUAUCCGAGCGAAUGUGAGAUGAAAAAAAAAACUUGCGGGAGAGGUAUCACCAAAGCGGCAGAUGCCAAUCUGUGUUUACGGUCUUACGGCUCCAGCUGUGAGCAUCGAUGUGGAAAAGAACGCGAACCGGUUUGCGGAACAGACGGAAGAACUUAUCUGAAUCGAUGCAUGUUGCACGUUGAAAUUUGCAGAAUUGGUAUCUCGUUAUCGCAUCUGGGUCCUUGUAAUAAUAUUUCGGCGCAUCGGGAAAACUGUCCGAUAAAUUGCGAUUUAGCUCCAAUGGAUGGGCCAAUAUGCGGAUCUGACGGAAACGUGUAUAAAAAUACUUGUCAAAUGAAGCUGUUAACUUGCGGACAGGGUGUUGUUAAGACGUCGAAAAAACACUGUCAAACCACUAGGCAUUGCAGAGAAUCUUGCUGGAGAGUAUCGAAACCAACUUGCGGAUCGGAUGGUAUCAUCUACAGUAAUGCUUGUCGAAUGAAGUCGAAAAAUUGCGGGAAACAUGUUUUCGAAGUACCAAUGGCAUUUUGUCUAUCUCAAGAACGCGAUAAAGGAGGUGCUUCAAAUGCUUGCCCCAUCACAUGCAAUGGAGAAAAAGAAAAACCAACUUGUGGAUCAGAUGGCAACAUAUAUCGAAACGAAUGUGAAAUGAAACUACUCAGUUGCGGGUUGCAAUCAAAACGUAAAAUAAUCAAAGUAGAUUUCGACAAAUGCCGAGCGAAGUUUUCAAAAUGCAAUAAAAAUAUUUGUACUGACCAAGAAGACUACGUGUGUGGUACAGACGCCAAUACCUAUUUGAACUUCUGCCAUUUACAAACAGCCACUUGCAUGAAAGGCGUUCAGUUAGCUCAUUUGGGUAAAUGUACAAAUCUGAUAAAAGAAGAACCAUGUCCGACGUCGUGCGCUAACGAAGAAGAACAACCAGUUUGCGGAUCAGAUGGUAACGUAUACAGGACAACGUGCGAUUUGCAAAUGAACACUUGUGGUCAAAAAGUAGUCCCUAUCGCUUUACAUCAUUGUCGAAAAACAGCAGCUUGCAACGAAGUAUGCGAAGAAGACAAAAACUACGUUUGCGGAUCUGAUAAUAAAUUUUACAAAAACGAAUGCGAAAUGAAAAAAGAAAAUUGCGGGAAACACGUGUAUAUUGUUCCGAUGAAAAGAUGUUUGAGUGGAUUCCAAUUUCGAGGUUGUCAAAAAAUCUGCCCACCUUUGUACGACCCUGUUUGCGGUACUGACAGCAAAACCUACAGUAACGAUUGCUUUUUAGAAAUGGAAAAUUGUAGAUCACGUUCACUAGUCUCUAAACAAUACUACGGAGUUUGCGGCCAGCCGACGGAAGAACCUAAAAAUUACCUUUAUUAGACUACUAAGCGAAUAAACUGGUGUCCUGAAAUUAUAAAUCUAAGGUGUAUUUUUCCCCCGAUUCGAAGCGGAUGUCUUCUUCUCAUUCGAGAUACUGUACAUAUAAUUUAUUAUUUUUUUUAGACUUUCGCUGAAAAGAAAUGAAAAUUUUUCAAUUGUAAAUACUCCGCUUUCGCGGUGGCGUUUGGCGUUGAAGGAGUCCCUUUUUAUACGAUUAAAGAUAUCAAAAUUAUUUGUAAACAAACCGGAUUUCUCAGUCGUUUAUGUAAUAUUACCAUAUAUUUAAAUUUUUCCCUUUUGUAUAUCUUUUGUCUAGAAAUAAGCGAUGUGAUGUUCAUUUUUAAUUUAUUUAACUCAUUUAUUUUGAAAUAAAUAUACAAAAAUUAUAGUAAAAAAAAAGGAAAUAA